AAAAAAAAGAAAAAGAUCGAGGAUCAGGCGGAAGAGAACAUUCUGGAACUAGAGGGGCCUUACUGACACCGGGGUCCGGAAGUAUAUACUCAAGUCCCGGGCUGUACAGCAAGACCAUGACUCCCACCUACGACUCCCGGGACGGCAGCCCCCUAUCGCCCACCUCGGCAUGGUUUGGUGACAGCGCCCUCUCUGAGGGCAAUCCUGGGAUCUUAGCCGUCAGCCAACCCAUCACCUCUCCCGAUAUUCUCGCCAAAUUAUACAAGCCUCAAACCCUUCUUGACAAAGCCAAGAUAAGCCAAGGGUGGUUGGACUCCUCCCGAUCACUCAUGGAACAAGAUGUGAAGGAUAAUGAAGCCUUGCUACUUCGAUUUAAAUACCACAGCUUCUUUGACUUGAACCCCAAGUAUGACGCCAUCAGAAUCAAUCAGCUCUAUGAACAAGCCAAGUGGGCCAUUCUGCUGGAGGAGAUCGAAUGUACGGAGGAGGAGAUGAUGAUGUUCGCAGCUCUGCAGUACCAUAUCAACAAACUCUCCAUGAUGUCUUCAGAGAACCAUUACAACAACAGCGAUAAGGAAGUCGAUGAGGUUGACGCAGCUCUGUCCGACCUGGAGAUCACUCUGGAAGGAGGGAAGACUUCCACCAUCUUGGGUGACAUCACCUCCAUACCCGGAACUAACAGACAACCUAAAAAUAUUUAAACCGAAGAAGCUGACUCUGAAGGGCUACAAGCAGUACUGGUGCACAUUUAAGGACACCUCAAUAUCUUGUUACAAGAGUAAAGAGGAAGCCAAUGGGAUGCCGGCUCACCAGAUGAACCUGAGGGGCUGUGAAGUGACCCCCGAUGUCAACAUUUCCGGACAGAAGUUCAUCAUUAAGCUCCUCAUCCCGGUGGCUGAAGGAAUGAAUGAAAUCUGGCUGCGCUGUGACAAUGAGAAGCAAUAUGCUCACUGGAUGGCAGCCUGCAGAUUGGCAUCCAAGGGAAAGACCAUGGCAGACAGUUCCUACAACCUGGAAGUCCAGAACAUCUUGUCCUUCUUGAAGAUGCAACACCUAAACCCGGACCCUCAGUUCAUUCCUGACCAGGUCAACUCUGACAUCAACCCAGAGUGCGUCGUCUCACCCCGUUAUUUGAAGAAGUACAAGAACAAACAGCCAGGCUAUGUAAGAGAUUUGAUCACGGCCCGGAUCCUGGAAGCCCAUCAGAACGUCGCCCAGAUGAGUCUCAUAGAAGCAAAGAUGAGGUUCAUCCAAGCCUGGCAAUCCUUGCCGGAGUUCGGCAUCACCCAUUUCAUCGCCAGGUUCCAAGGUGGGAAGAAGGAGGAACUGAUUGGCAUUGCCUACAACCGGCUCAUUAGGAUGGAUGCCAGCACCGGUGAUGCCAUUAAAACUUGGAGGUUCAGCAACAUGAAGCAAUGGAACGUCAACUGGGAAAUAAAAAUGGUAACCGUGGAGUUUGCCGAUGAAAUGAGGCUCUCCUUCAUCUGCACAGAAGUGGAUUGCAAAGUAGUUCACGAAUUUAUCGGCGGCUACAUCUUCCUGUCCACGCGGGCCAAGGACCAGAACGAAAGUUUGGAUGAAGAAAUGUUCUUUAAACUGACAAGCGGAUGGGUGUGA